CCCAGAUCCCCUCUCUCUGGCAGCUCAUCGCCGGCCAGCCCUGGGGAACCACGGCCAGCAAGACCAUCCCGAAGGAGCACCUUGCCUCGGCCCAGGACCUGGACACCGUCUGGUCCCUGGGGGGCUACCUGCAGUACUCGGUGCUCUUCUACGGCUACUACGGCCGCGAGCGGCGCGUCGGGCGGGCCGGCUACCGGCUGCCCCUGGCCUACUUCCUGGUGGGCAUGGCGGUGUUCGCGUUCAGCUUCAUCAUCCUCCUGAAGCGGAUGGCCAAGAACGCCCGCAGCAGCCUGGCCCGCGCGCCCAGCGAGAGCUACACCUUCUGCCGGCGGGUGCUCUGCGCCUGGGACUUCCUCAUCGGGAGCCCCGAGGCUGCGGAGAGCAAGACCGCGGCCAUCGUGAACAGCAUCCGGGUGAGGAAGGCCCUGGCCGGGCGGGCGCGGGGUGGGGCGGAGCACCUGUAGGAAGGGGCGGG